UGUCAAAGUUGACGGAUAACGAUUGACAUUGCGCCGUGUCCGAAUAAAAACAAUUAUUCGAAAAAAUGACCAUAACCAACGACCUUAAUUUGCCAACUGAAGAAGAAUUAUCAGUUCAGGAAAUAAACCUUUCCGGCCCGGUCCUCAAGGCAGCGUCUUUUCAUUUAGGUCGAGCUUGCUUACAUGAAAAUAAUGAGUUCAUGCUUUGCAGGGACGAAUUGGGCGACCCUCGGGCAUGUAUUGAGGAAGGCAAAGCGGUGACUAAUUGCGCCCUUAAUUUUUUCCGCACUGUAAAGAAAACAUGCGCUGACGAAUUUAUGCAAUAUGCUAACUGCAUUGAUAAAUCUAGCCCCAAUCAGCAGUAUACACCAUGUCGCAAAACCCAGGCUGUUUUUGAUAAGUGCGCUAAGGAUGAUAUGGGGAUUGAACGAUUGCCAUUUGACUAUUAUGCAAGAGUCCAGGUUCACAAAACGGCAAGACCUAAACCUGACGCUGAAGGACCAGCUGUAUAUCCAGAUGCUACACCUUAUCUACCUGAAAGCGCUGAGAAACCACCAGCAAAAUAUGGUUCACGUUACCUUUUCAUGUGGUAAUACUGCCAUUGUUUAGUCACAACAUGUUGAUGAAUUGUGAUGUAGUGACUUGUUAGGUAGUUGUAAAUAAAUUAAAUUAAAAACUA